UACGUUUUAGUCGUUGAGGAUUUGGGCUAAUUGUGACGAAUGCUCAAAAAUCUAAAGUCAUUCAGUUCUGUUUAAAGUCAUUUGAUACUCGUUGUUUGUCGGCGCAUUUAAUAAUUUCAUUAAAUUCGUUUAUACAAUCUUCUCAUACUAUAAUGGAAGAACUGGGCAUUAUUUUACCCGAUAAGGAUAUAGGUGAAAUUGAUUGCAAACCAGCUGUUGGUCAUUACACAGGAGCUGGAGAUGAAUUGGAUGUUGAAGACCUUUAUACUAAAUAUAAGAAAUUGCAGAGGAUGUUGGAAUUUCUUGAGGUACAAGAGGAAUAUAUUAAAGAUGAACAACGUAAUCUAAAAAAAGAAUAUUUGCAUGCUCAAGAAGAAGUUAAGCGUAUCCAGAGUGUACCUUUGGUCAUUGGACAAUUCCUAGAAGCUGUUGAUCAGAAUACUGGUAUAGUGGGUUCUACAACAGGCUCAAAUUAUUACGUACGGAUUUUGUCUACUAUAGACAGAGAACUCUUAAAGCCUUCUGCUAGUGUAGCGCUCCACAAGCAUAGCAAUGCUUUAGUGGAUGUGCUGCCACCAGAAGCUGAUUCUAGCAUUUCUAUGUUACAAGCAGAUGAGAAACCAGAUAUCCAGUACAGUGAUAUAGGUGGAAUGGAUAUGCAAAAACAAGAGAUCAGAGAAGCAGUGGAGUUACCUCUUACUCAUUUUGAAUUAUAUAAGCAGAUUGGUAUUGAUCCACCUCGAGGGGUACUUAUGUACGGACCACCUGGUUGUGGAAAAACUAUGUUAGCAAAAGCUGUUGCUAGACAUACCACUGCUGCCUUUAUUCGCGUAGUGGGUUCUGAAUUUGUGCAAAAAUAUUUGGGUGAAGGACCAAGAAUGGUACGAGACGUAUUCCGUUUGGCAAAAGAGAACUCACCAGCUAUAAUAUUUGUUGACGAGAUAGAUGCUAUCGCUACCAAAAGAUUUGACGCUCAAACUGGAGCAGAUCGUGAAGUGCAACGUAUUCUUUUGGAGUUACUCAAUCAGAUGGAUGGUUUUGAUCAAACAACUAAUGUCAAAGUUAUUAUGGCGACAAAUAGAGCGGAUACAUUGGAUCCUGCAUUGCUUCGUCCUGGUAGAUUAGAUCGCAAGAUUGAAUUUCCAUUGCCUGAUCGUCGACAGAAACGCUUAAUCUUCUCCACGAUUACUGCAAAAAUGAACUUGAGCGAAGAAGUGGAUCUCGAGGAUUAUGUAGCACGACCAGAUAGAAUUUCUGGUGCUGAUAUAUCAGGAAUGCAUGCGGUUCGUGAAAAUCGUUACAUCGUUUUAGCAAAAGAUUUUGAAAAAGGUUAUAAAAACAAUAUUAAGAAAGAUGAGUCUGAACAUGAAUUCUACAAGUAAAUCGAAUAAUGUUUCGUUAUGUGACUAUAUCUUAUAUACUUAUAUAACAUGCGUAUAAUAAUAGACAUGUUACAAGAUU